GAGUGACGACUAUCGCGGGACGUCGCUGCCAACUCACCAUCGCACAGCUAUUAACAACACUAAUAGGAGCCGAUAUGGCGUAUAUUUUUUUUUUGCACUACUGUUUUACAUUUGUAGAUGCACACUGCUCAGUAAAUAGUUCCUUAUUUGUAUUAUUUAUGUUUUCAGGUGAGGACGAGGAAUGGGGAAACGAGAGCGAGGCGAUGCCGGGAGAACCUCGCACACCAAGCUGGGGCGAGCGCGCCGCGUCGAGCGGGGGAGCCUCGCCCGCGUCCGGGGGCUCGCCUGCCGCGUCGCCGCCUCGCCUGCGCCUCAACACCAGCCUCGCCACUGACCCGGCGCUCGCUCCGCAGGCCACCUCGCUCAAACACGAGCCACCAUCACCGUCACCGCCACCACCACCGGCGCCACAAGCAAGAGACUACCUCGCUUUGACGGCGGCCGCGUUUCCAGGACUUUUUCCUGCAUCUGCCGCCCCGAGCUACGUAUGCAAGCCGUGCGGCAUUCGCUACUCGUCUCUGAGUACAUUGCAAGCACAUCAAGAACACUAUUGUUCGAAUAGAUUGCCUAAGCCAACAGAAGGAGCAAACGCAACAGCUGACCCUUCAGUUGAUGAGUCGAGCAGUGAUGCGAAAACUCCGCGUCCUGCCGGCAAGCAGUAUGCGUGCACAUACUGUUCAUAUAGUGCCGACAAGAAAGUUAGUUUGAACAGGCACAUGAGGAUGCAUUCAUCGUCGCCAGUAAGCAGCGGCACUCCAGCGCCGACACCGACCUCUAACGGUGAAGCCACAGAGGGUCCGCCGGUACAGGACCGCUACUGCGCAGACUGUGAUAUUCGAUUUAGCUCUAUCAAGACUUACCGAGCGCAUAAACAGCAUUAUUGUAGCACAAGACAAGUUGUAAAGCAAGCGCUGGCAGCAGCUCGAGGUGGCUCGGCGACGUCCGGGUCCGCGCCGCCCUCCCCGGGAGCUACUCCACCAGCGCAGAACCAGUACGCCCUCGCGUUACCGACUAAUCCCAUAUUAAUUGUACCCUACUCACUGUUACGGAGUGCCAGUACUCUCCCGGGUGCGACACUGCCCGACCCUGAUACGCCAUGUUUCUUGUUACCAAAUGGAACUUUCCAGCCUAUCAGUCGAGCAUUAUCCAACAUAAACGCCGAUGGAAAAGAACCUGAGGUUUUGAAAUCAGCAAAUAGACCUCGAGAGCCAUCAAGAGACGGAGCCACUCCUCUGGACCUUAGUGUCCGGCGGUCGCCAGAAUCGGUGGUAACUGAUGAACACGAAAAAGAGAAUAGGAUACGUUCCGCGACACCCGAGCAGAUAGUGUGUGCUCCUUCUCUGCCAGGAUCUCCAGGCACACCGUCUCCGUCUCGAAGGUCCUCAUCGCCGAGCGCAGAAAGCUCGCCUAAACGACGGCGGCGGAACUCCCGAGGGCCCACACCAAAACCUCCCAGCGUGCCCUCGCCACCUGAAGAAAAAUUCACACCAAUCGUUCCUCCCGCAAUUCUUCCUCCUGCUCUUGCAAUUCGCCUCGCAUCAGAAUUGCCAGUGACGGCAGCAUCUCCUCAAGUGCUUGUAAAGCAAGGAGUUUCGAAGUGCAAGGAAUGCAACAUCGUGUUUUGCAAGUAUGAAAACUACCGCAUCCACAAGCGGCACUAUUGCUCGGCGGGCGGCGGAGAGGAGCGCGCCAGCCCCGCGCCGCCGGAGCCGGGCCCGCCGCCGCAGUACCGCCAGCUGAUCUGCCUCGCGUGCGGCAUCCACUUCAGCUCGCUGGACAACUUGACGACGCACCAGUCGUUCUACUGCACGAAGCGCGAGACUCGGUCGCCGCGCAGCGUGCCGGAGGCUCCGCGGCCCACGUCGGGCUCGGAGGGAGGGUGGAAGUGUCCCUGCUGUGAGGUGGUGUCGCCCACCGCCGCCGCCGCGCAGCGCCACAUGGAGGCGCACGCCGGCGUCAAGGCCUUCCGCUGCACCAUCUGCCGGUACCGGGGCAACACGCUGCGAGGCAUGCGCACGCAUAUUCGCAUGCACUUCAACAACAAGAAACCUGCUGAUCUGCAGGAGGAGAGCUACAUAGCAUGCGUGCUGGAGGAAGACAGUCGCGAGGCGACCUCCCCGAGCCCAGCGGUGGGCGGCGAGCGCGUGCACCGCUGCGGCAGCUGCGCCUACACCUCCACCUACCGCGGCAACGUCGUGCGACACGCGCGCCUCGUACACGCCACCGACGAACCAGAGGAAGAACAGACCUCCCCAGUCCCAACAGUGGACAUCAAAAAGGAACCAGAGACAGAACUAGAGGAGACCCCAAACUACUGCAAGUCGUGCGACAUAUCGUUUAAAUACGUGAACACUUACAAAGCACACAAGCAGUUCUACUGCACCGCUAACAACCAGGACGCGGCGGCCAACAACAACGUGCCUACGCCCGCCAGGGUCACAGACACUCCUGUACUAUAAAUUCUAGUGCGAGACUUCGCUCUAAUCUCAAAUAUUCAUGUAUAUCGGGCAAAGUGAUGCACAAUAAUUUCAUCAAAAACAUUUACUGUGAAGGUAACUACUAGCGCCAUCUCUUCUUGUGAGUGGGAACUAACGACGUUAAUAGACAAAGAAGUAUGAAUCAAUGAGUUUACGUCUCAUGGUUGUCUGUUGUUUAAUGCAAUUUGAUUUGUGCAGAUUUUUUAUGAAAUUGAUUGUGAUUGCUUUAUCAAACCUAAAGUUUUGAACAUCAUACUUUAAAAAUAUCGCUCGCAAAUACAACAAUUGCUUACGUUGCUUCAACAGAUAUUCUUGUAAUUAUUCUAGAAAUAAGAAUGUAUCUUCGCGUUUUGAAAUAAAAUAUAAAAUUAAAUGUGCAAUAAAUUAAUGAUUAUUAAAAUUACACUAUAAUAACGCAUAUCAAUGCCAAAUCGAUGUUUGACAUUUUCGAUUCAAUGUUAUAUUAUUAUUAUGGUAAAAUAAAAUACUUAGCUUACGUUACGUCACAUAAUAUCUACAAAAGUAGUACAAAUGCGUGGAAGAAUGUACUCAAUAAAAUGAAAUGGCGUGACAUAACCUAAGUAUAUUUUCUCUUAACCCUUAAAUGCUGGCAGUGGUUAAAAAAGUCCAUCGCACGUUUUAUGCGAGAUUUUUUUUAGUACUACAAGCAAAAAGGUCUUAUAUUGGCUAAUGUAAAUACAAGCCCUCAAUACUUUAAGAUUUUUGUUACUCUGUUAUUGUAAAUUUCCUAGUUAAAAGUUAAACUUCGUAUUUGUAUUAGUAUACGGUUAAAAAAUAUUACCAAAAUUGUAAAUAUAUGUAAAGAUAUUACUAAAUAUUAUUACCAUUCGUUUUAAGUGAUUGUUCGAUUUUGUUGUUAAUUUUUGUUUAAUAUUAAUUAAUUAUUAGGCGAAUUUAUCUACUCCUUAACGCAGGUGCUGAUCCAAUAAUGAGGUUUUAUUUACCAGUGUCAUUAUAACAGCCAUUUUAAAAAUAAAAACUGUAAUAUUCUAUUUCUUUCGGAUACGUACUUUACUUCUAAUCAGCUAUCAUCGAAUAUGAACAGAGUCAGAGGUGGUUAAAAAAACAUAUUUCCUUUACAUAUUAAGUUUAAACAUUCUUCUUUCAUUUUCACGAUUCAAAUAUUCAGUUAUCAAUGAAACAAUAGGAAUGUUACAGUUUUUAUUUUGUGAGUAAUUUUCAUCAUUUAAAUGCAAACAUUUACUUUAGUAUACGUAUUUCGUUUUUCAAACAGUGUAAACUUGCUUACCACAGUAUUUAUCGUUCUCCAAACAAAAAGUAUCAAAACUUAAGUGUUAAUAAAAAAUAUAUAAAGUUACUAAGACCAGAAAAAAUGUAGGACGGUAACGAAAACGAGAUACCAUAUUCAAAUUUAACGGAAUUUUACUAUGAAUUAGUUAAGGAAUAAACUAAAACUUAUUUUAUUCAAAUAUGGCGGGCUUUUCUGAAUUACUUUGUAAUACGUAAAUUGAAACCAUCAAUCUCUGUCGACUUCACAUUUAAUCGUAACUAAUUAUUUUUUGCUUGAUGCGGAAUAAUUGCCUUUUGGUCCCAUAAAUAUUGAAAAAUAUUAACUUUUGAUCAGCAGUUUCAGCAUAGCAUAGACAAACAGACAAAAAAAAGUCCGUACAUUUUUUCUGGCCUUUGUAAAAACCAUGUUUUGUGAAUGCCAAAGCAUCGCUAGAAUAAUCGUAAUUUGCAUUUAUAGUUAUCUCAUUAAUAUAGCUGUAGAUUAAGUGACUACAAGACUUGUUCCCUACGUAUAAUUAUAUUAUUGUAAUUUGUGUAUUUUUGUUUGUCUGUCUGUAAAGGAAUGAGUCUCGAUUCAAUGUUGCGAUAAAUAUAGGUACAAAACAGAAUUUAUGUUAAUCUUCCAUUUUUAUGACGUAUUCGGUGGGCAGGUGUACAAAAGUGACGUCAUUAUAAAAUCUGAUUUUCACCAUGAAGUUAAAAGUAACUAGGUUGAUAGCACGGCUGUCAUUGUGCGAGCAAGAUGGCGCAAUAUAUCAUAAGUAGCGGUGUCUCGCUCUCACAAUGGCAUAUGUCAUGACAGCAGAAUUUGUCAUGUUAUAUAACCAAUAUAACUGGCUUUUAAGUGUAUUUUACUUUACACUAACAAUCACUGCUUUCUACAUCAAAACUCAUAUACCAUAUUUAUAAAAAACUUCUUCAUCUACGUACUUAGGUACUAUAUACCAAGUUAAUUUUAUACAAGCCUGCCCACAAAAUGUAGAAUUAACGUAAAAAUCAUGACAUUUUAUGUAAAACAAGUAUAUAACGAAACACAGCAUCUGAUGUUAUGUGCCAUAACUGUGUUCUCAUUAAAGCAUAGUUCUUAAUGUAGGGGCGUCAUCUCGAAUAAAAUUACAAUACAUUUUAUUUCGUAUGUUUUCACGUUUGUCUUAAAUUUAUUAAUGGCCACUUGUAAGUUAGAAAUAGAAUCUUUAAUUCGAAUUCUAAAAGAAAGAAGUUGCAUUGCUAGUACCAAGCAUUUAAAACAGUGCCGUGGCGACUGUGCAAGCGAGACAGUGAUAUACACUCCAUAUAGCUGUCUCUCGCUCUUACAACGAUAAAGGUUCGUACUUAUUACCGAUAAUUAUGUCAAAUUAACAGCUAAGAUAGAUUAUGAGGCCAUCUAAUAAUUUAAGACACUCGUUCUGUACCUACCAAUAUUUAAAAUGCAACAUUAUUAUUAUUAAGAAGUUGACUUAAAGUGAUAAUAACAAUUAAUGAAAGUAACUGAUGUAGGCAUACAAUGAUAUUGUAAAAAUACCGCCAGACAAUAAAUUAUUUAUCACAUAU